AUGCAGACAAGUUGUGCUUUACUCUGUAUCUCACUCUGUGUCUUCACUGCACAUAUGUCAAGGAUCCAUGGUAUGACCCUCAAGUAUCCAGAGAAGAAGGGAUGGACUCUGAACAGUGCUGGGUACCUACUAGGACCUUAUGCUUACAGAAGUCUUAAUGUAAGACACAGAGCUAUGGGAAAAAGAGAUGAGAGGAAUGAGAGUUCAAGCUUACCAGCCUCUUCAUACAAUGAUUCCUAUCUUCUCUCACUGCUAGGUCAUCUGGCAUAUCUGCAAUUAAAAGAAAUGGGAAUGACUGAAGAUUUCAGUGGCUCUUUAAUGAGUGGCCAUAUGAAGCAAUAACAAUAUAUCUCUGUUUUACUGCUAUUCAACAGUUGCCCUCUAAUACUGUUUUGCAUUUGAUCCCUUUUUAUCAUUAUUUUUAUAUGUAUCAACCAGUAAUCAAAUUGGUCAAAUGUGUAGAUUAAUAUUUCAUGAAUCAUGCAGAUUUGACUCUUCUUGUCACUUUACCAUUGAACCAUUGUUGGUGCAUAAUUAUCUGCUUCAGAGUUCAAAUAAA